AUGAGUAUUUUAACGACUAAACAUAAGGAGAUACGAUGGUACCACACGGGUGACAUUGGCUACUACAUGGAUAACGGCGAGAUAGUGAUAGUCGACAGAUUGAAGGAAGUGAUGAAGUACCGGGGACAUCAGAUAGCGCCCUCGGAAAUCGAGGAGUACUUGAUGUCUCACAAUGCUGUCCUGGAGGCUGCCGUCGUACCGAUUCCUCAUGAUUUCGACAUAGAGAUUCCCAUGGCAUUUGUACAAAGAGUUCCUGGCUUUAAGGUGUCUGAAGAGGAGCUCGUGGAUUUCAGCGCUCAAUUGGACGAUAAAAAGAAAUUGAGGGGGGGUGUCAAGUUUUUGAACGAACUGCCGCACACAGCGUCUGGAAAAAUAAAUAGGAAGUUGCUGAGGGAUUUGGCAGUAGCUUCGUCUGCAUAGCAACUGACGUUCCUCAAAACUUGUGAUUAUUGGUCUUUUUGUGUUUUUCCCCCCAAAAAUCGCGCUCCUUGUAUCUAUAAAAUUUUUAACAAAUUUUAUACAUGAUUUAACUUUCCACUAGUCAACUAUUGUAAAAACUAAAUAAUUAGAGUUCUAUUAAAUUUCUUAGAGAAGCUAUGUACACAAAU